CUCUUCCUUCGACAAAUGGCACGCGGCUCAACAACGCGGUCGCAGAAGGCUCCCAAGGCAUCCCAAGCGCAGGCUAGCCAGCCAAGACGCUCUCAGAAGCAGCGGCCUGCGGAAGAGUCCGAAGAUGAGCAAGAUGACGACCAGGAAGACGACGAUAAUAUGGAGGUCGACCAAGAGCUCGAUGACGGUCAAAAUGACGAGAAGCGGAUGGUCCACGAGCUUGUCCGUUUAGCAAUGUUUAACGAGCAUAGGCGAAUGCCCCUGCGGCGUGAAGAGAUUUCGAAGAAAGUUCUUGGUUCUAAUACCAGAGCAUUUGCACGCGUUUUUGCUGCGGCCCAAGAUAUCCUUCAAAAUAUCCUUGGGAUGCGGCUUGUAGAGCUAAGAACAAGGGCAGAACUUGAUCCAGACAAGGAAAAACUUAACGAUGGUGAGGAGGCACGCAACGCAGCGGGUGUCAAGAGGAAAGCUGCUGCCGCGGGCUCCAAGACAUAUAUUCUCCGUUCUACGCUUUCCGAUGAACUCAUCGAGGCCAUGGCGGUCACGCAUGAGGAGAUACUAGAAGAUGAAGCUGAGGACGCACCUUCAGAAGACGACGAGGAAGAGCAAUACAGCGCCAAGAACUAUGGCACGAUGCUGGCUUGGAGCAAAGGGGACCAAUUAGCGCCAUUGGGUAUUCUCUACGUGAUUCUGGCGCUAAUUCUCGUGAGCGGACGGGUUGUUGGUGAUCAGGAGCUUCGCGUUAUGCUCAAACGCCUCAACCUAUCGGGCACCACCAACAUCCCGUUUACCGCUGCUUCGACACACCCCGGAAAUGCCCUCACUCUAGACAAUUAUCUAACCCAACUCAUGCGACAAGGCUACAUCGACCGUGCCCAAGUUGGUGCCGGAGCUGAUGGUAAAAAGGCGACAAACAAAGGGAAACGUGGGCGAGUGGCUGCCGCAGAUGAGGAAGCUGGUAUUACUUACGAAUGGCGAUGGGGUCCACGAGCAGCCAGCGAAGUUGGCGAGAAGGCGGUUGCCAAGUUUGUUGCAGAGUUCAUGGUUGCUCAGCAUGGACAGCCUGGAGACGAUGACGAUGGCGAAGAAAACAGUGGCGCCGCUCGAGUACGAGCCCAAAAGAAGCAGACCGAUGCUGAGGCCCAGAUGGACAAGAUGUUGACUGGAGUAGCCCGGGCGGCUGGAGGAGAGUUGGCUGACAUCAAGUAA